UUUCUCUCCCUGAAAACGAAAGACAACAACACACACACGUGUUGGCUCAUGUUCAUUGAGAUACAGCAGCAGCAUCAACAGAAAUGAGGAUCCAAGGGCAGCCUGAAGGAGCGCGAAGGCGUCUGGAUUUAAGUUUAGUUGGUGAGCUGAGGGGUGUGGAAGUCAGCCGCGGUCGAGCUGGAUAUGGCUUCACUAUAGCAGGGCAGCGCCCGUGUGUAAUGAGUGGGAUUUUAAAAGGAAGCCCUGCUGACCUGGUGGGAUUUAAACAAGGGGAUCGCAUAAUGGCCAUCGAUGGGACAGACGUUUCAGCUGCCUCUCAUGAGACUGUGGUUCAGCUGAUUGGGAGCUCCAGGGGCCCUCUGAGGCUGGUGGUUCACACUGAAGGUCGCAUAAUGGAAAAUCCAAUUCUAGCAGAUGAAAAGUUUGGUCUGAAAGGGAGGGGUUUCCAGAGAGCAGGUGUUCUCCGCACCAUCUCAGACGAUUCUAAUAACUCCUCUUUUAAUCGAGCCACCAGUUUCAGACAGAGGCCUGUGUCAGAACCGGACAUGUCCCAGUGGUCACAGCAUUGGAGCGCUUUAGCUCAGCGGGACAAGGACGAGCUCUGCAGGUCAGGGGACACAGACUCUGUUUUCACAGACACAGGGGACGUCAGUCCAGACUGGAGUGUGUUGAACAUGACUUUGGUGGUGGGAUACCUGAGCUCCACUGAGCUCAUACUUAACACUUCAGACUCAGACGACUGUUUAAAAGCCAUUCUGGAGCGGAUCCGACAGCUGGGAACAGAGCAGGACACUCACACUCUGGUCAUGAUGAAGAUCAUGUUUGACUGUAUUAGACUAUGUGACGAUGCAGGCGCUGUACUCGCUGCUUUUCCAGCUGAGAAUAUGGUUUUAGGGGCGGUGUGUGCAGAAGACUCCCGUUUCUUUUGCUUGGUGACCACAGCACACAUUAUCAAUGGCCAGGUACCAGAGGACAGUCCCUUAAGAGCCUCCUGCCAUGUUUUCUUCAUUGACCCAGACCUGAGCAGCCAUCAGGACCACAUCGGCAUCGCUGGACGUUUUGGCCUGAGCUGCACUCCAGACCCGGACUCGUCCAGUUGCCUGGAGUUCCCUCAGACGCCGUCAGACGUGCUGCACUUCGUCACAGUGUUGUACAGUGACAUGGGAGAAGCAGUGGAGAGGCUCAGGGCCAAACUGGACUCUGAGGCACAGCAGCAGGUCAAUGGAACCACCGAGAACCACGGCAGUGCGAGCAGCAAUGGGGACAGCGGAAUAGGGAAUAGUUCUCCUCCUGAACAGAGAACAGACAGGGAUUUUUCUACUGUGAAAACCCCCCCUGGAUCCCACCUCCCCAGCUGUCCCUGGGAUUAUCCUGUGUCUGAAGACCUCACCUCAAUAAACCUUUCUAAGAACCAGCCCAAACCUAAUCUUGAGAACAGUACAGGCACGCAUUCCCUUUCCGAGUCUCUUCCUGGCCCUGACGGUCUCACCAGCUUCUAUGGGGGACCCCCACCCAGGCUGGAGUUCCAGUUCAAGCCUCCACCUCCUCCACUCCCACUCACUAAAAAAACAAACUUCUUGGUAGACCCUCUCCGGAGGAGCCAGAGGUGGUUUUCAAAGCCCAAGUGGUCCAGGGCUGUGAGCGAUGAGAAUGAGCCUCAGGUCUGGUCUAGUUUAGGGUCUGGUCUGUCCAACGUGCCGCCGUCUAUGAGCGCGAUCCCCUCAGACAGAUACCAGUCAGCAGACGCCAUGAUGCUCCCACCACGAGAGGAGUGGACCAAACGCUUUAUCGAGCAAAGAGACAAACAACACAAGUGCACUCACAAAAAUGGCUCCCGGUUUUGGGGAAGGGGCGUUGUCCGAGCGUCCAAACGGCGCUCGUCAAAACGUCUCAGUCUCGCAAGAUCCUUGGACGACCUUGAGUCGGCUGCGUCUUCAGAUGGAGAUUACGGUGGGGUCCAGUUGCAGGGAUGCUGCAGCCAGAGCAGCCUGAACAGUAAUGGAAGUGUCCCGGGAGCAGGAGGACACUCAGAGCGGCGCGUGGCCAGCUGGGCCACCGGCUUCGAACGCCUCCUCCAAGAUCCUGUCGGCGUGCGCUACUUUUCGGAAUUCCUCAAGAAAGAAUUCAGUGAGGAGAAUAUCUUGUUCUGGCAGGCCUGUGAAUACUUCAGUCAUGUCCCUGCAGCAGAUAAAAAACAGCUGUCCCAGAGAGCCGGUGAGAUCUACAACAGCUUCCUGUCGAGUAAGGCCACGAUGCCGGUCAACAUCGACAGCCAGGCUCAGCUGGCCGACGACGUGCUGACCUCGCCGCAGCCGGACAUGUUCAAAACGCAACAACUUCAGAUUUUUAACCUGAUGAAGUUCGACAGUUAUUCCCGCUUCCUGAAAUCGUCUUUGUAUCAGGAAUGCGUGCACUCAGAAAUGGACGGUCUCCCUUUACCGGAUCCGUACCAAAUUCCCUGCAGCCCUGCGCCCUCCAAGCACAGCGCCAGCUCGGACCGCUCCACUCUUUCCACUCCCAAAAAGGAGGCUAGAAAGCAGAGGUCGGGGAGGUCGCUGAACGAGGACGGCAACGAGAGCGCGGACAAAAAACGCGGCAUGUUCUUCUCCUGGUCCCGGAAUCGGAGUUUUGGGAAAGGUCCAAAGAAGAAAGACGUCGGAGAUCUUAACCUUGAUCACUGGGGGAGUAAUGGCAGGAGGGAGUCCCAGGGCUCGCUAUCUUCUGGCACAAGCUUAGAAAUGGCAACUUCCUGUUCGGCCGGCAAGACUGAGCUGGAGAACCGUCACUCCGUCGGCGUGUGGGAGCGCUCGCCGAAGCAGUGCGGCGUCAUCCUCCCCGAUGGGUCCAGCUCGUCCAUCGCCCUCAGGCCCGGAGCGUCGAUCAGGGACGUCCUCCAGGAGCUGUGUCAGAGCAUCGGCGUCAACAUCGCGGCCGUGGAUCUCUUCCUGGCGGGAGGAGAGAAGCCUCUAGUUUUAGACCAAGACUGUCUGACCCUCAGCUCCAGAGACCUGCGCCUGGAAAAACGAACAUUAUUUAGGUUGGACCUCGUUCCCAUAAACCGUUCCGUGGGGUUGAAAGCCAAGCCCACCAAACCAGUCACUGAGGUCCUGCGUCCCGUGGUGGCCAAAUACGGUCUCCACCUCAGCGAACUGGUGGCCAAAAUAUCUGGGGAAACUGAGCCAUUGGACCUGGGAGCACCCAUUUCAAGCCUGGAUGGUUUGCGUGUUGUUUUGGAGCGAGCGGAUCCGGCCGCCUCAGGGAAAGAUAAACCCAAGUCCUGUUCUCUCAAGAGCCACCCUCCCAGGAGCCUCUCUGCUACUGGAGAUGAGAGGUCAACACCAAAGGACUUUGGUCUGAGAGCUGGACCUGACUCCGGACUCGCAGGCGAAAAGAGAAAACAGAAAAAGAUUAAUAUAGAUGAAGCCGAAGAGUUCUUCGAGCUGCUGAGUCGUGCACAAAGCUCUCGAGCCAACGACCAGCGCGGCCUUCUGAAUAAAGACGACCUGGUGCUCCCUGACUUCCUGCGCCUGACCUCUGACCUCUCCUGCUCCACUCCAGAGUCCUUCAAACCGCACAGAGAAAACGGCGUCUCGACACGGGCGCCGCUGUCCUCGCGCUCCGAGAGCUUGGACUCCUCCCUCAGCUCCGGCGCCAACGGACACUCCCGGAGGUGCCUGCUGCCUCCGCGCCACACGUUCGGCACGCACCUGUCCCCGAUCCCGCGGCCCUCGGACUUGCGCUCGGGCCUGCGCACGGUGGAAGAGGACGCGCCCGCGGACCUGACUCUGGUGGGGGAGGGGGACAUCAGUAGCCCCAAUAGCACCCUGCUGCCCCCCUCCCCGCCCGCCGCGCCCUCCUUCGACCGCAGUCUCCCAGAGGCCAAUUUCACCCCUCCCCCGCCCUGCUCCCCGCCCAGCGCAGAGGGAAAAGCCACUUCAGACUCCACGUCCGACCCCGGCUCACGCUCCAAGUCGCCGAUCAUCACCGUGGACCCGGCGCCGUCGCCUCAGGAGGUGAUGGACGUGGAGGGCGUCCACCUGGAGGAGGGCCACGCCGCGGAGUCGACGUCCCAGGGCGAGGACUCGGAGCUCAGCCUGAGUUUCCAGGGUUACGUGGCCGAGCUUCGCCAAUGCCAGAGCAAAAUGAGGAGCGCUCAGGUCCCGCAAAACGGACGAAACCCUCCGGACGGACAGGACUGCAAAACAGAACUGUACAAGGCCACGAUCGUCUGAAGGGAA